GGGACUUCCGGUAAACACAGAACGUGCCCGGUCCUAGAGAAAUUCUGCUUUCCUGUGUCCCAAGCUCACCAGGCAGCUUUCUUGCAGCAGAAAAUUUGGUCUUACCUGUGGUCCCGAGGCUCAGGUUCGCUCGUGGGGUGCUCCCCACGGGCUCUCUGCAGCGGCAGCAACCAGGAAGACCUGUGCCGCCCCUUCCCGGUGCAAUGUCCAUGGUUGUCUGGAGAGUGACAAAUGGGCUGAACUCAGCACAGACCGCACUGCGAGCAAGGUCCGCAGGACAGAAUGCCUAGACGGUUUUGCGCUUGGUUUCAGAACACUUAAUGGCAGAUAAGGUAGGAAGCUUGGAAAUCUGCCGGGGUCGCCAGGAGGAGGACAUGAGUUGUCUACGUCCACAUCACCAGGACUCGGGGCUAGGAGCUGGCGUAGGUCAUGCACGUCUUUAGCUUCGGGACCUUCCGGGAACCCUGCAUGCGGAGCUGUGCCUGUUGCCCAGUUUGGCCCUAGAAGGGAAGAAAGUGAACUCAAGAAUCUGUGAAGAGCACAAGCCAGAGGCAAACGUGUUUGAACUGAUUCAUCGUGAAUUAGCACAUAUCUCUGGGCGGGGGCCCGCAUUCUCCUCUGCCCCUUGAUGAGAAUGGUGACCCCAGCCAGAAAACUUCGGCCGCCACGCCCCAGUCUUUUGAGUCUGGACUCUAUAGCUUCCCACCUUUAGUGUGACUGGGCGACAUACUUACCCUCUCCGCACUCACUUUUAGUCGAGAGAACACCAGCUCAGGAGUGUGUGUAAAGAUCGAAAGAGAUUGGGAUCUGGCUGGGAUUUGCCAACUGUAAAGUGAUUAACAUACGUGAGGCAUUAGUGUGCGCCCUGUCAGUCACUCCUCACGUUUACAAUGGGUGAAUGAAGGCAGCCAGGCCGACUCGCAGGUUAUACCCUUAUAAGGCUAUCACAAGGAAGAAAACAAAAAUCUCUCGUUCUAAUUUUGGCUAUUCCUGUAUUUCCAAAUAGGAAUGUGAGUUCUGAAUCUUCAGAUAACUACCCUCUCCAAACCCCAAUUUCCAAUUCAGCUGUUCCCAGUUCUGCCCUGAUUACGAAAUCGUACUGGCUAGUGUGUCAAGCAACCCCACAGUCUCAGCCGCUGUCAGGGGGACUGAGUCCCACCCUUCCAGGUGUACCCGGCGGGCACAGAUGGGGGUCGAGGCUCAGUCAGGUGCUAAGCCGGCAGGGGGCGCGGCCCAUUCGAGGUCACAGCUCCCCAAGUCCAGGGUUUUGGUUAUCCAAGUGUCCCACCCGUCUCCCGGUUCUUCCAGCACUAUCCAGAGAGCUCAGAUCAGCACUCUGGGUUGUAGACGUUGUGGGCAAAGGAUUCCCCCUCCCCAAGCUGUUCUGGCUGUCUUUUCCUUCUCACUGUUUGAACCCUAUGCUGGGAAAUUAGGGCAAGGGAAGUCCUGCGCCAGUCUAAUCUCUCAGAGGGGAUCUCUGAGACGCCUGGCCACAGGGGACCUCUUACCCCUACCCCAAACCCACAGGCAAGCUGCAAGGCAGGUCUGGUUUUAGAAGCAAGCAUGCUGGAGGAAAGGGAGGGCUCCAGGGCAGAGCAGGCCCCGCCCUCCCUCCACUGAGCGCUUAUAAGACGCUGGAGCUGGCGCUCACUAUUCAGUGGUUUCUUGGUGACACUAGGCAGAACAACUCCAGCCUUUACCGCUCCUGGUUUCUCGGCUUCUCAUCGCAGUCAGUCUUGGACUUUGCGGGUUUUGCCGCUGUCAGAAGGACGUCUCGGACUUUCUGCUUCAAGUGCUUGACAACUCACCCUUUCAGCAGGGUAUCGGAGCAUCGCUACAGAAUGAAGCUGGUUUCCAUCGCCCUGAUGUUAUUGGGUUCGCUCGCCGUUCUCGGCGCGGACACCGCACGGCUCGACACUUCCUCGCAGUUCCGAAAGAAGUGGAAUAAGUGGGCGCUAAGUCGUGGGAAGAGGGAACUACAAGCGUCCAGCAGCUACCCUACGGGGCUCGUUGAUGAGAAGACAGUCCCGACCCAGACUCUUGGGCUCCAGGACAAGCAGAGCACGUCUAGCACCCCACAAGCCAGCACUCAGAGCACAGCCCACAUUCGAGUCAAACGCUACCGCCAGAGCAUGAACCAGGGGUCCCGCAGCACUGGAUGCCGCUUUGGGACCUGCACAAUGCAGAAACUGGCUCACCAGAUCUACCAGUUUACAGACAAAGACAAGGACGGCAUGGCCCCCAGAAACAAGAUCAGCCCUCAAGGCUAUGGCCGCCGGCGCCGGCGUUCCCUGCCAGAGGUCCUCCGAGCCCGGACUGUGGAGUCCUCCCAGGAGCAGACACACUCAGCUCCAGCCUCCCCGGCGCACCAAGACAUCUCCAGAGUCUCUAGGUUAUAGGUGCGGGUGGCAGCAUUGAACAGUCGGGCGAGUAUCCCAUUGGCGCCUGCGGAAUCAGAGAGCUUCGCACCCUGAGCGGACUGAGACAAUCUUGCAGAGAUCUGCCUGGCUGCCCCUAGGGGAGGCAGAGGAACCCAAGAUCAAGCCAGGCUCACGUCAGAAACCGAGAAUUACAGGCUGAUACUCUCUCCGGGCAGGGGUCUGAGCCACUGCCUUGCCCGCUCAUAAACUGGUUUUCUCACGGGGCAUACGCCUCAUUACUACUUGAACUUUCCAAAACCUAGCGAGGAAAAGUGCAAUGCUUGUUAUACAGCCAAAGGUAACUAUCAUAUUUAAGUUUGUUGAUGUCAAGAGGUUUUUUUUUUUGUAACUUCAAAUAUAUAGAAAUAUUUUUGUACGUUAUAUAUUGUAUUAAGGGCAUUUUAAAGCGAUUAUAUUGUCACCUUCCCCUAUUUUAAGAAGUGAAUGUCUCAGCAAGGUGUAAGGUUGUUUGGUUCCGUGUGUGUGUGUGUGUGUGUGUGUGUGUGUGUGUGUGUGUAAGGUGGAGAGCGCCUGAUUACCGCCUGUGGAUGAAGAAAAAACAUUGUGUCUUCUAUAAUCUAUUUACAUAAAAUAUGUGAUCUGGGAAAAAGCAAACCAAUAAACUGUCUCAAUGCUGA